CAAGGAGUAUUCAUUGACUGAAAAAUAUGAAACCAAAGAGGAGAAAAUGACGUUCUUAAACUAUACUAAAUUACCUCCACGAUUUAUUGUUAUAACAGCCUGUUCAAUGACAACAUCUGAUAUAUUAUAUUACACGAGUGGGCUUAUUUUUGGAAUUCAAAUUGGAAAGCAAAACAAUUCCAUGGGUUAUCAAUUGCCAUAUAGAACAUUAGAAAUUAUGGAUUUAAAGGAUACGAGGAUUUACGCUUUGAUCUGUGCUUAUCAAAUAAUAGUCAUACCUAGUGUCUUAUUCGGUUACGUAGCAUUCGAUUGCAUGUUCGUCAAUUUGUCCGUUCAAGUAAUUGCACAAUUUGCUAUAUUGUCGUAUAAGGUCAAGACAGUGUUAAAUAAUUCUGAAAAUUAUCGUCUGGGUAUGAAAGAACUUGUACUACGACAUUAUCGAUUGAUAAGAUUAACAGAAAAAUUGGAAGAUAACUUUAAUUUUGUAAUCAUGCAGCAAUUGCUGGGUACCACCAUCCAUCUUUGUAUUUCCGGUUUCUACUUACUGAUGACUACGGAAACGAAAGACAGUUUAACCUUGAUCUUGUUCAUUUUAUAUGGCUUUUGUGUGAUCAGUACACUCUUUAUUUACUGCUUCAUCGGCGAAUGUUUUAUCCAGGAAAGUACUAAUUUUGGUAACGCCAUUUACAAUUACGAGUGGUAUAACUUACCUGCAAGGGACUCGAAAUUUUUUCUCAUUUGUAUGAUACGAACGAAAAAACCACAAUAUUUAACGUCUGGUAAAUUUGCCGUCUUGUCCUUGACCAUCUUCACAGAUAUCGUCAAAUCUUCGAUGGGAUAUUUAUCAGUACUGCGUACAUUUUUGUAAAAUGGACGCAAAUGAGAUGAAUUAAGUAGUAACAAUUUCCUUAUUCUUUUUUUUAUUUUGACUUCCUUCCGACGAACUUGUUAUCUA